AUGUUACUCACUGACAUCCUUUCUGCUGGAGCCAUUGAAAAUGCUAUCAAGGACUGUGAAGCUCCAGACUCCUUCUGUUACAAGAAGUUUUUCCAACUCUGUGGCCUGAGCCAGAAAAGCCCGCAAGAGGUCAAAGAUGUGUUUCGCAUCUUAGAUGAUGAUGACAGCGGCUUUAUUGAGGAGUCUGAGCUCAAGUUCUUCUUGCAGCGGUUUGUCCCAGGGGCACGAACUCUGACAGAGAAGGAAGCUAAGAGCUUCAUGUCAGGUGCAGAUGGUAACAGUGAUGGCAAGAUUGGAGUAGAUGAAUUCCAGAGUAUGGUCCUGUCCUAAAAGAAUGGCUGAUUUCCAGUAUAUCAGCCACAAUCUUGUGCACUGUGGGUUUAUCUGUCCCACUGCUUUUUACUUUUUCAAACUUUUCAAAGCCCAAGAUUUGCACAUCUCUCAUUUUUAUUUACUAUGUUAAUACAUUUGAUGGCUGAUUGUCUGUGUCAUUGUCA